AUGGAAUUAAGUGAUGGGGAAUAUGAUUUGGACGUAUCUGUAUUGACAUCUAAUCAUGAGUCGAUGAGUAUCAGAUAUGGACAAAUACAAGAGUCAAUUAAUAGUUCAUCCAUGAAUCUAUUUAAAGACAAGAAGAAUUUAAUUUUACAGGGGUUCGAUAAAGGCAAAGAUUAUUAUUUUGAAGGUGUAGACACGGUUUAUAGUCAAAAUAGUGGAAAUUACUAUUUGAAGUUUGAAAACGGUCAGGUAAAGUUGGGUAAAUUGCAUAAUUCAGUAAGAUUUAAUAAAUCUAGAACUCAAAAGAAAUGGAAAGAUUUAGUAGAUGAAUGGACAUCUCCUCCAAAACCAAACGUCAAACGAUCUAAUGUUACACAGCCUAAAAUUAAAGAGGUUAAAAGUAAAAAGGAGGUUAAAGAAGAUAUAAUAAGUGAAGCCGAUUUUGAUGAUCUAGAUUUCAAGAUGGAAUUCGGAGAUUCUCAACUUGAUGGAUUCAAGUUCGAUGAAGAUGAAUUGAUGGUACCUGAUGUGCCGCCACCUAACGACGUAAGUGAUAGAAAGGAUAACGAACCUCCAAGAACAAGGUCAAGAUCUAAUAGUAUCCAUUUAGACUUUCCCGUUAAACGAAUAACUAAACCUGUAAGUAAGACGGCAAGUAAAUCGGCAGGUAAAUCUACUAGUAAAGUUGCUAGUAAAUCCACUGGUAAAGUUGCUAGUAAAUCCACCGGUAAAGUUGCUAGUAAGACCACCAGUAAAGUAGCAGGAAAACGACCCAGUAAAACUACCUCAACUAUUGAUGAUGAUUUUGAUGAUCUUGAAGAUCAAUUGGAUGAAAUUUUAGAAAGUUCAAGUAAUGAUGAAAUGGUAUUUGAACCUAUAACCAUAAUGGAUGAACCCACCAAGAAGAAGAACCACUAUACUCAGAAUAAUAAGAAACCUAUGAGUCUAAGGGAGUUUUAUGGGGAUAUAGAAGAAAGCUCAGAGGAAGAAUAA